CAGCAUGAUUGACUCACCCGGUGCGUACUUCAGAAUAACGAGGCAGUCUCCAUGCGUCUUUUAACACACGUUCGCGUUCUUCACUUAGCUGUUAGCCGAUAAUGUCACUUUCCCUCCGUUUGCGACCACGGUGAAGGUUGAGACUGAAUGAUAAGGAGGGAACGCCUUCCCGUUCAUGGUGUGCAAAAAAAAAAUCCGAUGUCACUUCCAUAAUCUGUCAGGCACACAGUUCUAAUAGCGUGUUACUUUGUUAUUUACAUUAAGUGUCUGCGUCAGUGAGAAGUGCAGCCAGAACAUCGACGCGCACCUGUUUUCUCUGCGCCGUCCUGGAGUGUGUGCACUGUGCAGAUGAAGCUGUAGCUGGGGCGCAGUCAUGAAGCUCGGGUGGACGCUGGCCGGGGUCCUUUUUGUUGCGACUCUGAUGUGCACGGAGUCCAAAGAUUGCCGUGGAAGUUCAUGUAAAGGCAGCAAGGGAGAAAGGGGUUACCAAGGAGAAAGGGGAGCGGGUGGACAAGAAGGCCACAGAGGUUCAGAGGGCCACUCUGGACCCCUGGGGCCAAAGGGGAACACCGGCCACGAUGGACAUCCGGGACCAAAGGGCAGUCGGGGUGAACAGGGAAAAGACGGCUUCCACGGUAAUCCGGGUUUACCGGGGAUCCCAGGUUUGCAAGGACCGAUAGGAGAGCCUGGAGCCUCUGGGUGCAACGGAACAGAUGGUGAAGAUGGAAGCGCUGGUUUACCCGGCCACCAUGGUCCUGAAGGCCCCCCAGGUUUACCAGGACUGCACGGACCCAAGGGAGAAUCCAUGUCAUCGGGCCAUUCGGGAGGACCACCGGGGAUUCGCGGAAUGCCUGGAGUGCCGGGAAAAGACGGGCUUCCUGGGGAGUAUGGGAGGCCUGGGGCCGAAGGGCCCUUUGGCCCUGCUGGCCUUCCAGGCAGACCUGGGACCCCGGGGUCCAAGGGACAAGGAGGGAGCAGUGGGUUGCCUGGACCGCGCGGCAGGAUGGGUGAAAUGGGACCUCUCGGGCAACCGGGUCGACCAGGCCGGGUUAAAGACUACGUCUCUGGGGCUAAAGAGCUGAAGGGAGAAAUAGGAGACAAGGGAGAUUUUGGAGAGAAAGGUUGCAAGGGUUCAACCGGAGACCCAGGUUUCAGCUUCUUUAAAGGUGCAAAGGGAGACCAAGGAUAUGAAGGACCUGAGGGGAAGCUUGGGAAAGAGGGUGAACGCGGACGAGACGGAACUGAGGGCAGCGGUGGGGUCAAAGGGCGCGCAGGGUUUCCAGGAACGCUGGGGGGACAGGGUGAAAAGGGAAACCAGGGCCCUACUGGUCCACCAGGAGAGGUCAUUGGUUCUGGGAUGAAAGGGUUUCAAGGAGACAGUGGUUUCCCCGGCCCCCCUGGAAACCGCGGACCUCAAGGUGUGAUGGGGUUUCCUGGAGCAAGAGGGCCUCCAGGUGGUGCUUUUCAUGGGUUGGAAGGUCCCCCAGGUUUUCCUGGCUCUAAGGGGGAUCCUGGAGACCCUGGGGACCAUUACAGAGCUCCCCCGGGCCCCGAUGGGGACCCAGGAGGCCAAGGACUACCUGGGGACCGGGGGCCACCUGGACCACCUGAAGACAGAACCAAGAAGGUGACUCAAGGCCCUCCAGGGAUGAAGGGGAUGAAGGGACUGCUGGGCCUGCCUGGAUACAACGGUGGCCACGGGGGGAAAGGAGAGAAGGGCGACAUAUGUUAUACGUGUACAGGACAGCCAGGACCAAGAGGUCCACCCGGACCCCCGGGAAUACAUGGUAACGAUCAGGGACCGGGCGCCCCCGGGGACCAGGGCUUCCCAGGACACGGAGGAUUACCCGGACCCCCCGGCGACCCUGGGGCAUCGGGCAUCCCAGGCCUCCAGGGUCCAAGGGGAGACCCUGACUCCUACACCCCAGACGGGGUGAAAGGAGAGCGGGGCGCCCGGGGGCAGCCGGGCAGGACGGGGCCGGAGGGGAGGCAAGGCGGCCGGGGCCGAAACGGAGGCAAAGGCCACCCCGGUCCCAAGGGAGACUCGCACCCCCUUUCAGAAUCCUCUCUGAGUGCAGGGGGAGCCCGUGGUUACCUGGGUAGACCUGGGUUUCCAGGGACACCGGGACCCGUUGGAUCCGAGGGUCCUUCGGAGGUAGGGUCGGUGGGGUUCGGAGGAGAUAAGGGGGACCCUGGGGUACGGGGUUUGCCCGGAGUUCCUGGACUCUCAGGCCAGAAAGGGGAGCCCAGUUACUGCCACCCCAUCCCCGGCCCGGCAGGGCAUAAUGGUCAAGCAGGAGGACCAGGGACUCCAGGCUUCCCAGGGGGUCCAGGUAGCCCCGGAUCUACAGGGUUGUCCGGACAAAAGGGAGACAAGGGAUCUCUGGGCUUCCCUCGAUUGCCAGGACCCCCAGGAAUGAAAGGGGAAAGGGGCCCCUCAGGUGUCCCGGGUAUCCCAGGUACGGGUCCAUCAGGCAGACCAGGGGCAACAGGACCUCCAGGCCCUGCUGGAGAAAAGGGCGACGGUGGUCCCGAGUAUGCGGGCCCCGAUGGCCCCCUGGGGAAUCCGGGAGACGGCGGAGAGCCGGGGCUGCCCGGGGACCCUGGCCCCCCCGGUCGGCGUGGGGACCCGGGGCCGUUCGGAUUCCAGGGCCCUCAAGGAGAAAAGGGAGGGAAAGGUGCGGUGGGACAAAAGGGAAUCGGCGGUGAUAAAGUAUGUGCCCCCGCACGCGGACCGCCCGGGCCCGACGGCCAACCCGGACACCCAGGCGCUGACAGCCUCGCCGGGGAGAGGGGCCACCAGGGCCAGCCCGGCGUGGGUUUGCCGGGGCCUGCGGGGGAGCCUGGCUCCCCGGGCUUGGCCGGUACCUCGGGCCCCAGGGGGAGACCAGGGACCUCGGGCCCCAGCGGGAGUCCAGGGCAGCCCGGUACCCCAGGUUUCAGAGGAGACCCAGGGCCAGAUGGGCUGCCUGGGUACGGAAUAAAAGGAGCACCUGGUCCAGUCGGUGCUCCAGGAUCAAUAGGCAACCCAGGACCAGAUGGCGCCAAAGGCUUUCAGGGGCUUCAGGGUUCGGAUGGAGAGCAAGGUUUCAGUGGCCCUCCUGGGCCGCCCUCCGUUCCCACAGACGGUCCUCCAGGGGAACCUGGUAGUCCUGGUCGGCCUGGUUCUGAUGGAGUCCCUGGAGACACAGGAGCAUUCGGGUACAAAGGCCAGAGAGGAGCCGGGGGCCGGCCGGGCCCCCCUGGCCAGAGAGGUCUAUGUGGUGACCCUGGUGCUGAUGGACCGGGGGACACCGACGGCCGCGCGGGGCCCCCCGGCCCUCCAGGUCCAACAGGGUUCUUAGGGUUUUCAGGGCCAAGAGGAACGAAGGGAGAUGAAGGUCUCGCUGGGCAGGCCGGAGCAACUGGUUACUUGGGACCAAUCGGUCGCAGAGGGUUAAAAGGAGAGCCGAGUUAUAUUGGGCCCGGACCUCCGGGGCCCACUGGACAGAAGGGGGAGCCAGCGUUGAACUGCUCCCAUCCGCCGCAGUGCCAGAAAGGAGAGCCUGGUUUGAGGGGCCUCCUGGGGUCUGUUGGGGUACGCGGAGCCAAAGGGAACCCUGGACGCGGGCACAUCGGUCCUCCUGGUGCAAUGGGCCCCAGGGGCCAACAUGGACCCAGAGGACGCAACGGAGGACCAGGACCCAGCGGACCUACAGGAGACCCAGGAUGGCCUGGUAUCGAAGGCCAACUCGGUCCAAAGGGGAACCAGGCCCAGGACGGUAUACCCGGGCCGCCAGGACAGAAGGGGGAUAGUGGCCCUUCAACAACCCCUGGGAGGCCUGGUGAGAGUGGUCAACCAGGCCCUGCAGGAGACCCCGGCCCCCCCGGCCCCCCCGCCACAGGACCCCGGGGACAUGACGGAGACAGGGGACCGCUGGGGCCACCGGGGCCCUGCGGACCACCAGGGCCGCCCGGAGCGGGAAUAUGUGUUCCUGGGCCAGAGGGAGACCCUGGUAUCCCCGGCAACUGUGGUCCUCCAGGGUUGAAGGGUGUGCGUGGCCCCCCAGGGCCCACUCUACUAGCCCUGAAGGGGGAUAGAGGUGACCCAGGUCCUUCUGGCCUCUGGGGUCCAUCUGGCAGCCAUGGCGAUCCGGGCCCCGCUGGCCCUCCAGGUCCAGGAGACAGACCAGGCCCCCCGGGGCCCAUCGGUGAUCCUGGUCGUCCUGGAUACCAAGGACCCCCUGGAGCCGUUGGGGAACCAGGCUAUGAGCUGGGCCAGAGAGGUCCACGAGGAAUCAAAGGGAGCCCUGGCCACACAGGCCCCAAGGGGGCGAGGAUAUCCAUGGACAGCCUUGUGGAUCCCGGUUAUGGCGGUUCCCCCGGUCCUGACGGUAACAGAGGAAACCCUGGAUUCACCGGAUUGCCAGGACCCCAUGGCAUCACAGGUCCCCCGGGCUCUGUCGGACCCCCGGGUCUGAGUCCACACGGCCUGCCUGGGUUCACAGGUCUCAAAGGAGGGAAGGGUCGGCCAGGAAAUGCAGGUCCCACAGGCUAUGCUGGAGACCCCGGUCAAAGAGGUCCUCGUGGGGUCCCGGCCAGCGGUGGUCACAGGCCGGCGGACAGCUUCCUGAUCGCCAAACACAGUCAGAGCGCCAGCGUGCCCGCCUGCCCCCCCGGCGCCAGCUUCAUCUUCGCGGGCUACUCCCUCCUCUUCAUCAACGCCAACGAGAAGGCGCACGGUCAAGACCUCGGCGCCAUGGGCAGCUGCCUUCCACGCUUCUCCACCAUGCCCUACCUCUUCUGCGACACCAACAGCAACUGCCACUAUGCCUCCCGCAACGACUACUCCUAUUGGCUGUCCACCGACCAGCCCGUGCCCCCCAGCAUGGCAGCCGUCAGGGGGGCUGAGCUGGAGACAUACAUCAGCAGGUGUUCAGUGUGUGAGAUCACAUCCAACGUGAUAGCGGUCCACAGCCAGAGUUCCCAUGUUCCUGCGUGUCCCGGGAACUGGGAGUCCCUCUGGACUGGAUACUCUUUCGUCAUGCAAUCAGGGGCUGGUGCGCUGGGCUCCUCCCAGCAGCUGGUCUCCCCUGGCUCCUGUCUGGAACACUUCCGCAAGGUGCCCUUCAUAGAGUGCCACGGCAGGGGGACCUGCAACUACUACCCUGACUCCUACAGCUACUGGCUGGCCUCGCUCCCCACCCGCCACAUGUUCAGUAAGCCUGUGCCCCAGACUGUGAAGGGAGAGUCCCUGCAGGACGUUAUCAGCCGCUGUCGCGUCUGCCGGAAACCAUGGAAACGGAUAUAGCCAGGCGGAACGGGACAAUAACGAUGUCCUCACAAGGGGACGCUGGUCCCUGUGAGCUCCACUGGGGGAACGAUCCAGAAUACCAGAACUACAGCAGGUAUACAAUACAGCCCUCUGCAGAGGUCCUCAAUGUAUCAUGCAUCGACUUUUACUGGAUUACAUAAAACAAAGUAAUUUUAUGUCUUGUUGUUAUGCCUUAUGUUUUUAUUGUUGAUGUUUAUGAUUUCAUAAAUAAUAUGAAUUUUCCUUCCCCACUGUUUGCAAUGCUGGAUUCAUAUUCAUAUUCAUGCUCCGGGUCUAUCUCUGAAUAUGUUUCAAUGUUGAAUAUUUAUGAAAGGGAUAAUAAGAGAUGACAGACACAUAAAGUCGUGCUAUCGUUUUUGUCGUUUUUGUCAAAAAAAUACAUAUAUUCUUUGAGAUUAGAGACGCCAGCUGUUUCAUUGCAUACCUGUGUGUCCCUUUUUUCUCACAUUAAAGUGCAUUCAACCAUUGUGAAUAUCUUGUAAAAUGGCUUAUCCUCCUCCCAUACUUUCACACUGACUGAAGUGCCACCUUUUGUGGAAGAAGAACCACAUAUGCAGUUCAACGCAUACCUGAGAACAAGCAUCAGGACAUUGAGAACCAUUACAUGCAUAGUGUUCUUAAAACCUCAUACAAGAGCUAUAGGCAUGUGAUUGUAUGUGGCUGCUCAGCCAUAUAUUCCGUUUUUUUAGACUGCCGAAACCAUUGUCAAUGACGACUCAUGUUAAUGUACGCAUACGUUUAUGUAAAACAGUGAACCACAAUUUCGUGCUCCAGAGUUCCAAGCAAAGCCAGAUGGACCACAAUUGAGGCUUUGCAACGUGUAAUUGUCAAGUUGUCUGUUUUUACGAUUAGAGAAGAAAUAUGAAGACUGUUCAGACUUGGAAAGGAGUUUCUGAAACAAACAUAUCCUACACAAGCUUCCUUUUGUCCACUGUUUUUCACAUUUGCAGGAAUAAAAAGGAAAGACAAUUAAAUCAA